AUGUCCAUCCCCAAUUUAUCCGCGAGCCAGACGAAGUUCAAGAUGGCCGACCGGCCAUCGCCGUACGUCCACCGCCGCUGGACGGGCUAUUCGGGCCCCAAGCUCGUCUUCUGGGCCUCCAUCUCCGCCGCCCUCGUCCUCUUCCUCAUAUUCCAUUCGCCGCCGCCAGGCGUAUCCAUCACCCACCGGCCCACCACCACGUGGGGCGGCCGUGACUGGGAGGCCCGCGUCCAGAUGUCGGGCCGGCCACGCUCCCGCUCCCCCUCACACUCCGACGGGCCGGGCCACCUCUCGGUCCUCGUCACCGGUGCUGCCGGCUUCGUUGGCAGCCACGUCUCGGCCGCCCUACGAAGGCGCGGCGACGGUGUUGUCGGGCUCGACAAUUUCAACAAUUACUACGACCCGGCCCUGAAACGGGCCCGCGAAAAGCUCCUCCUUCGGGACGGGGUCUUCGUGGUCAACGGAGACAUAAACGACACCGAUUUGCUUAUCAAGCUUUUCGACCUCGUGGCCUUCACGCACGUGAUGCACCUGGCGGCCCAAGCCGGGGUCCGUUACGCUAUGAAAAAUCCCGCGUCCUAUGUCAACAGCAACAUCGCGGGCCUCGUGAACAUUUUCGAGGCCUGCAAAUCGGCCAAUCCACAGCCCUCGAUCGUAUGGGCCUCGUCCAGCUCGGUGUAUGGGCUCAACACCAAAGUCCCUUUCUCUGAAAAGGACCAAACCGACCGGCCCGCCAGCCUGUACGCAGCGACCAAGAAAGCAGGCGAGGAAAUAGCCCACACCUACAACCACAUAUACGGCCUUUCCAUAACCGGGCUUCGGUUCUUCACCGUUUACGGUCCCUGGGGCAGGCCCGACAUGGCUUACUUCUUCUUCACAAAGGAUAUCUUGAAAGGGAAGCCCAUAUCCAUAUUCGAAGGCCCAAAUCAUUCCAGCGUGGCCCGGGAUUUCACCUACAUCGACGACAUCGUGAAGGGCUGUCUGGGUUCAAUCGACACGGCUGGGAAGAGCACCGGGAGCGGAGGAAAGAAGGUGGGCCCAGCCCAACUACGGGUCUUCAAUCUCGGAAAUACUUCGCCCGUGCCGGUUACAAAGCUCGUGAGCAUACUCGAGAAACUUCUGAAGGUGAAGGCGAAGAGGAAUGUGCUGCCAAUGCCGGCAAAUGGGGACGUUUUAUUCACCCAUGCGAAUAUUAGCUACGCCAAGAAGGAGCUUCGUUACAGGCCGACGACUGAUUUGCAGACGGGCUUGAAGAAGUUUGUGCAUUGGUAUCUUGAUUAUUAUUCUGGGAAUGACAAGAGUUCUUGA